UGGAGUCCGGACAGCGACGACGAGGAUGACGGCUGGCUUGACCUGGAGCGUGACCUGGAGCGCACCCUGCCGUCCGUGCUGCAGCACGGGUCGCCCGACUGCCUGCCCAUGGACCACACGCUGCCGCACUUGCUGAGGCAGGUGUCCGGCACCGAGGACCUCGCCUCGCUGCGCUCCAUCAAGCUCCGCGUCAUCGGCCGCGAGAUGAGUCUGCAGCGGCUGUGCGUGUACGUGCCCAACCUGACCGAGCUCAACCUGGACGGCAGCAGCAUCGGCUCCCUCAGGGAGCUGGGCUGCGGGCUGUCGGGGCUGCGCGUGCUGCGGGUGACGCGGUGCUGCCUCGACUCCCUGGACGGCACCUUCGGUCUGUCGUCGCUGGCCGAGCUCUACGCCGCGUACAACCGCGUGCAGGACGUCGGCUACCUCGCCUGCCUCUCCAACAUCGAGCACAUCGACCUGCGCGGCAACCGCGUGCACGACAUCCGGUACGCGGGCUUCCUCACGGUGUGCCCGUUCCUGCGCGAGCUGGUGCUGGCCGAGAACCCCUGCGCGGCCAAGCCCGGCUACAGGGCGGCCAUCAGGGAGAUGCUGCCCGCGCUGCCCACCCUGGACGGCGUCGCCCUCUGCAACUACCAGCAGGACGACGACACGGACUCAACGUCCACCGCGUCGCUGUCCUUGGGCGACUCCACGCCGGCAGGCGGCCAGGCGGCCGCCCAGGACGGGGUGGCCGAUGAUGAGCACGAGGUGCAGGGCGCGGAGGAGGAGGAGGAGGACGCCGUGGAGCCCAAGGACAGCGGCGACGCCGUCACCCCCGUGGACGCCUUCACCGAGGCCACGGACGUGAGUAAGGAGUGCGCCUAG